CGGAAAGACAAAACAAAACAAUCGGCUAGUAGGGAGGAUUAACAUGGCAAGAUGGCAUUCACCCAUGAAAUUAAUUAGGAGCAAUCUGAAUACUCUGCAUGGAUGGGAUGCCGACCCUGCUUACAGAGCCUUAACCAAGAAUUCCGUUGUUCUCUAGAAUGAAGAAGAGACAGCUAUUUUUUCCCUCUGAAUCAAUUACUUUCGCCCCUAAGGCUGGCUUUGUGUUUUGUUUACUGAAUUCCUCAUGACGUACCUGUCUUCCCCUUUGAUCAUCCUGCUACAUGUACAACCCAGUCCCGUACGCCAUUUAAUAUCGUACCCGAUGACAAAAAGGCCACGUGGUUGGUCGUUCUAGUUUCCGUAAAUAAUAUCAAUUUGUUUGGGUAUAAAAAAACGCUGUAAAUUUAUUUAGCAGACAAGCUUUGAUAGCUCUUAACUCCAGUUACGGGCUUACGGCGUAGCCUACGAGCAGCAAUUUGGAAGUAGUUCACAUUUGUUUUGUGUGUAACCUACUUUGUUCUCCAUCCACAGCCAAUGUGAGCUCAGAAUCUCAUAACGAAGCCAGUCAACUUAAACAAAGAAAUUUCGAAGUAUACAACUUCCUACUUUCACAUCCGACAUUCAGUAGGAUUCAGCACUCUUUCUGUAAAAUGAAAAGAAGAUUUUGCUUCUGACCUCCAUGUAGCGUUUAGCGUGUCAUCACCAUAAGGCGUUUUCCAGUGAGCAAGGAUUUUGAUUGUGUAAGAAGCCAACAAUUCGUCUUCCUAAAGAGUCCAAGGCUUGUCACCUGUUUGAAAGCUAUUGCCGUGUUAUGGUGAAAAGAGUUUGGUAGAGUACACUGGAGCUAAAUAACGUGAACUAUUUUCAAGCCCAUACAGUAAAACUCCGUUAUUGCUUACUAGAUGCAGACCAAGUGUCCUCUCAAGAAUGUUGAAUUCUUUUGAAUUGAAGAACAUUUGGAAGUUCGAGUUUUAUUUUUCUUUAAACUCGAGUGCAACAGAGUUUAAAAAAUAUAACUUAAAAUCUUCCAAGCGACAAGAAAUAGGGCGGUUGUCAUUUUCAGAGUCACAGGGCUGUAACCGAAAAAAGAAAAAGAAAGAAGGUAGAAGGUAGAAGAAUAAAGCAGGAAGUACAAGUACUAGUACCAUAACCAGAGAGACAGAGCCAGUUCAGUAUUGUUUGACGCGUGCUUUACGCUUGUCGUCUGAUUCGUUACUGUGCCACUUUAUUGCAUAAUAUUCUUACCCAUACACGAGCGAUUGCACAUCAUGGCAAGCCGGAAGAAACUUUUAGCUGUAUUUACAGUAUUCAGCAACUUUUUUUUCGUUUCUCCAUUUUCGCUACCUCACGUAAAUCCAGGUUUAUUUGUGAUCCAAGGCGUAUCAACGUGUGGUCACGGGGAUGGCUACUGUCUACUAAGCAACUCUUGUUUAGUGGAUACAGAUUUUGAGGGUGACAUAGAAGGCGGUCAUUGUGAUGGCUUGAAACACGCUUUUAAUCCGCACGCGGAUUUUGUGUGUUGCAAAUAUAUGCCUGCUCCGACUACCCUUACGCCAACAACCGUCAAGACCAAACCUCCCCCUCCUCCUCCAUCUGAUGACAACACUUCCUACAAUUUAUUAGUUAUCCAAGGCGGUGUGUCGACGUGCGGUAACGGCGGUGGUUUCUGUCUGCUUAGUGAUUCUUGCUCAAUAGUUCAGAGCUUCGAAAGCGACACGGAAGGUGGCCACUGCAGUGGCUUGAAGGACGGGGUGAAUCCGCAGGCGGAAUUUGUGUGUUGCAAAUAUUUAGACACUGUAACUUCCACUACACCAUCACCCCCAACAGAAGAAUCCGUUUCCUACAACGUGGUAGAAAUCCAAGGCGGUGUAUCGACGUGUGGUCAAGGUAGUGGUUUCUGCAUUCUCAGUGAUUCUUGCUCGCUCGUUCAGGGCUUUGAAAACGACGCAAACAAUGGCCAUUGCAGUGGCGUGUCAAAAGAAUCCGAUCCAAAGGCGGCCUUUGUCUGUUGUCAAUACUCGCUCGCAUCCGCCACUAAUCCUACUACCACGCUAGCUACUGCACCUGUUUCUCUUGAUAAUGUAAUGGCUUCAAGUCCUGCGCCAACAACGGUCGACGAAUCAGUUUCUUACAAUGAAUUGGAGAUCCAAGGCGGAGUAUCAACUUGUGGACAUGGUGGUGGUUUUUGCCUGCUAAGUGGCUCCUGCGAAUUCGUUCCAGGCUUUCAAAGCGACACCAACGGCGGUCAUUGCGAAGGCGUGUCGAAAGCCAAUCCGAAUUCACGGGCAGCCUUCGUGUGUUGUAAGUAUGUGCCCCUAUCCAAAAUCCACAACCCAACAACUUCGAAGAAUCCCAAAGUUAAUUCGCCGGCCGCAAUUACACCUCCUUCUCCACCCGUCCUCACUUCCGUUACAUCUGGACAACGUGAAACGGGAAGUUUUCCAGAGAAAAUCGGUACCUCCACUGCUCGAACUUCAGCGACGGUGGUCGAUGCUAAGAAGACCUUAUCUCCCUUUGGCAUAUUUGCUAAUACCAACAAAAUACUAAGUGGUAUUCAACAUCUUAUUUAUGGUGGGCGUAUGAGGCCCUCAGCCGCCAUGCAGAAAUAUGGACAAGACAUCGAAGUUGCCAGCAAUGACAAAUCUAUGGUUAGUCUUAUUAUGAUGGGUUUGAAGUUGAAUGAGACCACAGCUCGAUCAGAUUUAAUUAACUAAACAUAUUUAUUGUGUAUCAUUUUUCUCAUCCAUCGUGCAAAGAGAAAACGUAACCACAGUUUUGUGGAAUAAACGUCAUUGUAAUCUUUAA